GAAUUGUGCUUUGGCUUCGAAGGCAGUUUCCGGAAAGAUUUCCUCAUCCACUGAAAAUGAUCUUAGCAGCCUGGCAUUUACUUGGCGAUUUUCCAAAUCAGAAAAAUAUUUGCUGAUGGAAUGGACCACUGAUGACAAGUGGCAAGUUUUAUCAUAUGUGAAAGCGUAUGUUUCAUUUCUUCCAGCGAACACCAUUGAUAGUGCUGGAAAAAUCGACACAUGAUCAACCGUUGCGCAGCGUUGGUAAAGCUGCAUUUUAGGAAGAAAACUGGCAACCUUAUACUGAGCAGUUAAAAUAUUUACCAUAUUUCCUAGCAAGCUGAGGUUCAGUGUAAUUAUUUCUCCGAAGAAAUCUGCAAGAUAUUCUACUUUAGAAAUAAAUACGUCCGGAG